AUGGAGCCAGCAUUUGAGGUUGAGCAGAGGCUGCUGAACAUAAGGGUGGUGAACACAGGUGCUGAGAAGAGUGGGCGGAGCACUGGGGGCUGGUCAACACAAGAUCGUUUGAGGCUGGCGAAUGGAGGCAGCCCUUGUGCCGGGAGAGUGGAGGUUUACCACGAUGAAAAAUGGGGAACCGUGGAUGACCGUAGUUGGGAUAAGUUGGACGCAGCUGUGGUGUGUAAGGAGCUGGACUGUGGAACCGCGCUGUCAGCAACAGUGUUAGCUCACUUUGGGGCAGGCUCUGGUCCAAUUGUGACAUAUAAUGUUAAGUGCAGAGGGAACGAGUCUGCUCUGAGAGAUUGCGAGUCAAUGCCCUGGGGUGACUAUUCACAGUCCGGGUUCUAUCACGCCUAUGAAGCCGGCGUCAUCUGUUCAGAUCCUGCACAUCUCCCACUCAUGUACAAAUGUACACAAACCACCUCGCUCCUUCAAAUCAAACAAAAAGUCUAUGACCAGAUUUGGCUGAACUGCACCAAUGCCACCACUCCGUUCUUGCCUCAGCUUCAUAGUCCUCCGAAUCCAAGAGCAGAUGUGUUGAAAAAUAAUCGUUUGAGGCUGGCGAAUGGAGGCAGCCCUUGUGCCGGGAGAGUGGAGGUUUACCACGAUGAAAAAUGGGGAACCGUGGAUGACCGUAGUUGGGAUAAGUUGGACGCAGCUGUGGUGUGUAAGGAGCUGGACUGUGGAACCGCGCUGUCAGCAACAGUGUUAGCUCACUUUGGGGCAGGCUCUGGUCCAAUUGUGACAUAUAAUGUUAAGUGCAGAGGGCACGAGUCUGCUCUGAGAGAUUGCCAGUCAAUGCCCUGGGGUGACUAUUCACAGUCCGGGUUCUAUCACGCCUAUGAAGCCGGCGUCAUCUGUUCAGAUAACUUUUUAUACAAAAUGCCAAUGGUGAAAUUCGGGAAGGGCGAUAGAAUCAACACGUGUCACUGUGUGAAGAAAACAAUUCAUCAUCAAUCAAUAACAUUAUUCGGUGGAAACAGUAGCUGUUCUGGAAGAGUUGAGUUGCAGCGUGAUUAUAAAUCAGGAACCAUCUGCGAUUUUGAUUGGGAUUUACAGGACGCCGAUGUGCUCUGCAGGCAACUGGAUUGUGGACUCGCUUUAUCAACUGGUCCUGGAGGACAGUUGGGGGAAGAAACGGGUCUUAUCUGGAAAACUACAUUCAACUGUGUUGGGAACGAGUCCCGAAUGUGGGACUGUCCUUUGUCAUUCUGGGACAAGUUCAGCUGCACACAUGAUCAUGACGUUACUGUUGUAUGUUCGGGUAAAGAUUGGCAUUUACGGUUAGAGAACGGAGGGAGCCGCUGUGAUGGGCGAGUGGAAAUUUAUCAUGACGGCACCUGGGGCAGAUUGCUGGAUGAUUCCUGGAACAUAUCAGAUGCCGCUGUCAUCUGCCGACAGCAGAACUGUGGCUCUGUUAUUUCAAUCUACAACUCUUCCCAGUACGGGGAAGGCACUGGACCUGUGUGGAUCAAUAAUGUUCAGUGUACCGGAACCGAGACACACAUCUGGAAAUGCCCGCAUUCCACAGUGGCUUCACCCUCCAGGAGCAGCCGGGAUGUGGGAGUUCUUUGUUCAGAGGAUAUCUCAAUCAGACUGAUGGACGGUGGGAGUUCGUGCGCUGGGAGAGUGGAGAUUUACUACAAGGGAACCUGGGGCACUGUGUGUGAUGACUCCUGGGGAUCACUUGAGGCGGAAGUUGCUUGUAAACAGCUGGGAUGUGGAUCUGCAGUUAAUACAACGGCUGCUGCCCCCUGUGGGCGAGCUUCAGGUCAAGUUUGGUUGGAUGAGGUCAGAUGCACAGGAAAUGAAUCAGCUCUGUGGGAAUGUGCUACGUCUCCAUGGGGUCAGCACGACUGUCAUCAUAAAGAAGAUGUGAGCAUUGUGUGUACAGGGCACAGGAUGCUGCGGCUGGUGAAUGGGCAACAUUCCUGUGAGGGGAGAGUGGAAGUGUUUUACAAUGAGACUUGGGGCACAGUCUGCUCGGACGUCAUGGGAAUGGAAUUGAUGGGACUCGAGGCUGCUGAGGUAAUCUGCAAACAAUUAAAUUGUGGCCGAGCGCUUGAUGUUGAUUAUGAUGGUACAUUUGGCAAAGGAUCUGGACCUAUUUGGCUGGAUGACAUCAUGUGUAAUUCCAAUGAGUACUUCUUGUGGCAGUGUCUCUCACCACCUUGGGGUGAACACAACUGUGAUCAUUCGGAAGAUGUGGGUGUAGUUUGCUCAGGACAGGAGUUGCGGUUGGUUGGAGGAAGCAGCAUUUGCUCUGGGAGAGUUGAGAUAUUGAGCAAUAACACGUGGGGGACGGUGUGUGACGAUUCCUGGGAUAUCCGAGAGGCCAGUGUUGUGUGCAGACAGCUUGACUGCGGCCCCGCCGUGCGGGCUGUGGGACAGGCGGGGUUUGGACAAGGCGCUGGUCAGAUAUGGCUGGACGAGCUUCACUGUAGAGGAAGUGAAUCCUUUCUGUGGGAUUGUGUCAUUUCAUCUGUGGGUCAAAGCGACUGCGUUCAUAAAGAAGAUGCUGGUGUGGUUUGCACCGCCCAGUUGAUCAGCAUCCCUUUUGUGGCCUGCAUCGUACUUGGAAUCCUCUUAGCAUUGGUACUGUUUGCACUGAUUGCACAGAUGGACAGCAAUUCUUCAGAAAGAGGAUCCAAUGAUUCUACCAGGGAACCGGAGUACUACACUGGGGAAUGUGCCAAUGGAUCCGAUCUAGAACAAGGAAACAGUGAAGUGUUUCUUUCCAAUGACGAUGGUCAUCUUCAGGAAGAUGAUGACGCUGAGAGCGGAACCUUCCAGGUGCCGGAACAGGAUGGACACCACACAGACAGUGACCCGCUGUUUGCCGUUGACACCAGUCAGUGUGGUUAUGAUUAUCUUGAUGUUGACUGUGACAAUGACACCGAGCAGGAAAGACAGCUUCCCAUUGGGAAUCAAAGGGAAUCUCCCGAGCUCUGCACCGUCUGA